AUGGAUCCGCUGAUACCGGGCUUGCCCGACGAUGUGGCCCGCGCGUGCCUCACCCGCGUGCCUUACCCUGGAUUCCGCGCAGUGCGCUCCGUCUGCAAGCAGUGGCGGGAGGAGCUCGAGUCCCCGGCCUUCCACGAGGUCCGUCGGGGCGGUGGGCUGAACCGGACCCUCGUCGCCCUCGCCCAGUCCGAGCAGCCGUCAUCUGCGGCCAGCGUGAGCCCCCUUCACAAGAACCACCACCGCGCCUCCUCCGGCACCAUGCCCUACCGGAUGGCGCUCUUUGAGCCCGACUCCGGCACCUGGGACGAUCUCCCCACUGCCCCCGACCAUCUCCCCCACGGCCUGCCCCUCUUCUGCCAAGUCGCCGCCACCGGACGGACCCUGGUUGUCCUUGGCGGCUGGGACCCCUCCUCGUGGGCAGCCUCCGACGAGGUAUUCAUCUACGACUUCCUCUCCGGUGACUGGCGGCGCGGGGCGCCCAUGCCGGGCCCGCGCCGAUCCUUCUUCGCCUGCGCCUCCGACUCGCAUCGGACGGUGUACGUCGCCGGCGGCCACGACGACGAGAAGAACGCCCUGAGGUCGGCCAUGGCUUACGACGUGGAGAGGGACGAGUGGGCUCCCCUACCGGACAUGGCCAAGGAGCGGGACGAGUGCAAGGGGGUUUUCCGGGGAGGCGCCUUCCUCGUCGUUGGCGGGUACUCCACCGAGACGCAGGGCCAGUUCGGGAAGUGCUCGGAGGCCUUCGACGCGGCGGCACGGCGGUGGAGCCCCGUCGACGAAGACGCGCUGGCGACGGGGCUCUGCCCGCGUACCUGCGUGGCCGGAGAUGAGGGCCUCUACCGGUGCACCAGCUCUCACGUCGAGUUCCGCGGCGACUCCGGCGAGUCGACGUGGCUUCCGGUGGCGGAGCUCCCGGAGGAAGUCCGCCUGGCACCGUGCGCGGUGGCGUUGCCCGGGGGGCGGCUGAUGGUGGUGGGGUCGGCCUGCCACGGCGGGCCCCACUCCUGCUACAUCCUGGAGCCGGCGGACGGGAAGCGGCCCCGCCCGUGGAGGCGGGCGGCGGUCCCGGAGGAGUACUCCGGCCAUGUUCAGGCCAGCUGCUGCCUACAGAUCUGA